UGCUGCGCUUGGUCUCUCGAUUCCCCAAUAGCUUCCAGUGUAACGGGAGGAUAAUGCGAGGGACCGGGGGGUGAGCAGACGGAAAGAGCGUAGAGACUCCGGAACCCCCGGCCACAAGAAACGGGUUUCCAUAGGAAUGUGUCCUAGUUUGCGGUUACACACUAACUGAGUCUGCUAGAGUGUCUUGAAGAAGACAAGUAUUGAAAAGAACGUCUUUCUUAUGGACUGCAAUAAGUACAAACUCUGACAUGAAGAAAGACAUUGAAAGUCUUAUAGCCCAGGAAAGAGCUGACAUCAUCAGCAAAUAUGAAAAGGGAAGGCAGCAGGGAGCUCAGAUUGACCCGUGGGAGGAUGCUGACUUUGCUUUGUACAAAGUCACUGACAGAUUUGGAUUCUUACAUGAACAUGAGUUGCCGUCACGCAGUGCUUUAGAGGAAAAGCAAAAACUACAGGAGAUUGAGCGUGUGGACAAAUGGCUGAAGAUGUUGAAGAAAUGGACCAAGUACAGAACCAGUGAGAAAAUGUUCCGCAGAGUAUACAAAGGAAUCCCUCUUCAAGUAAGAGGUCAGGUUUGGUCACUGCUUUUGGAUGUUGAUGCAAUGAAGUCUGUGAACGAAGGAAAAUAUGAGAAAAUGAAAGAUCUGGCCAAGACAUACUCAGCAGAAAUAAAGCAGAUUGACUUGGAUGUGAACCGAACAUUCCGUAACCACAUCAUGUUCCGAGAACGCUAUGGAGUCAAGCAGAGGGCGUUAUUUGAUGUUCUAUCCGCUUAUUCUGUGUACAAUACGGAGGUUAGUUACUGCCAAGGAAUGAGCCAGAUUGCAGCUGUGCUGCUUAUGUACCUAAACGAGGAAGACGCCUUCUGGGCUCUAGCACAGUUGUUGACCAAUCAGAGACAUGCAAUGCAUGGUUUUUUCAUCCCCGGUUUUCCAAAGCUCCAGCGAUUUCAGAGUCAUCAUGAACAGAUUCUUAGCAAGGUGUUUCCCAAGCUGAAGAAGCAUAUGGACAAAGAGGACAUGUCAACUGGUAUUUAUACAACAAAAUGGUUCUUACAGUGUUUUUUGGACAGAACACCAUUUACUCUAACUUUAAGACUAUGGGACAUCUAUAUCUUGGAAGGGGAAAGAGUGUUACCUGCUAUGGCUUACACUAUAUUGAAACUGCACAAAAAACGCUUACUCAAGAUGUCCAUGGAGGAUCUUCGAGAGUUUCUCCAAGAGCAAAUUGCCCGGUCUCUAAGCUAUGAUGAUGAUAUAGUGGUUGAGCAAUUACAGACGUCGAUGUCAGAGCUACGCAAGCUAAAACUUGAAUUGCCACCUCCAGGAAAAGCUGAGGAAUUCCCCAAAAAGACGUUGGGUCAAGAUGUUCCUGUCAACCUUCUGCCACUUGCACCUGUUUUAGGAAGCAACGGUCAAAAUAAGGUUGGUUGUGAAAGUAACCCAGAGACAUCCAAGCAACUAGCCACAGAUAUUAAUGAGAAUAACUCAAACAGUGACAAGGGCAAUACGAGCACAUCUGUUACACAGCACAAAGGGAAAUUGAAGCCAGAAUCUGAUAAUGAGAGUAUCACCAAGUUGAAAGAAACAGAGGAGAAGGUGGAUUUUGCUAAGGAAAAUGUGAUACAGCAUAUUGGCACGGAUAACUAUGUACAAAUACCAGCAGAAGCAAAGACAGAACUCCAAAACAUGUCUUUUCAAAAUAAUGUACAAGUCCAUGUAUUGAAGGAAGACUUAAAACAAGAUACUGAACCACUGUCUGUAGAUAAUGUCAGUGAACUUGUGGGUACAAAGAGUUCUACAGUGCAAUCCUCAUGUUCACUUGGAAAUAAUUCUCUAGUCAAUCUACAAGUUUGUACAAAUAUUAACCAGAAUAACCCAAUGACAGAGGACAAUGCUAAUAAAGUUCCAUUACAAUUACAUUUGCAAGAUAAUGGUGUACCAAAAACUGAUAUUUCUCAACUAUCAAAAGAGCAAAUCCAUGCAGAGGAAUGCACAACAGAGACCAUAUCAUCUACAGAAAACAAAAGUGUUGUUCAAUCUAUUAGUAAGGAUUUUGGCUCUUGUGAUUCCCUGUCUUGGUCUCAUGGAACUCAUACCUUUACACCCCAGGAAUGUAAUAGUCCUCUUACAACAGAAGUAAGCUUUGCCCCUACUGCCAAAGUGGAAAUGGACUCCCUUUUGCCUCAUGACUUAGAAAGUGAAAGGCGCCCUUCUAGCGCUUCUCAGUAUGAUAACAUGUCAGAUUUGGAUCAGUGCGAAUGGCCCCCAUGCCCAACAGAUGCGUCCUUGGAUAAACUAGAAAAUGAAGCAUGGCAGGCUAACGUUUGCAAUGUUUUAGAUUUGUCCACAGAAAGAACCAAACACGCUGACAAGCUUCCACAACUCUCCCCUUCAUUGUCUUGCCAGCAAUGGCCAUCAGGCAGUGUGCCCACAUUAUUGAUUACAGACACGGAUCUAAAAGAGCCUGUUAACGUUCGUACUAAAUCUUCACCAUCCAUACCUGGCUGUUUCAGCCCCUGUCAAGUGAUAAAGACAAUUACCCAUGUCCAAGUGUCUCACGGCAUGACUCAAAACUUACAAAACAGCAAGCAAAAAGCACUUCCAUUGCUUGAUGGUUCUCAGCAAGGUGUCGUUUCGUUCAGCUUAAUCAUGAAUACUGGUACUUCAGCCACUAAUAUGAGUGGUCCUACAAGCCAAGAUAAAAAAACACCUAUAAGUUACACACCGAAGGUACCAGCAAAAUACCCAGCCAUUCCCAAAGCAAUCUCGGAGAACAAUUUUAAUACAGGCCAUCAAAUCAUGCCACAUAUGUCCAAGUCGGUGACAUUCUGAAUAGUGACACACAAAGCCUCAUGCUCGUGCUGUUUGUCUUGUCCCAUUGUGCAGUGCUGUGUGUAAGCCAUUUUUAUGCAGGACAUAAAAAUUAGACAUAAGUUACUGACACAAAUGUUGCCCUUAAAGAGGAUUUUCAGCUGCACCAGUUCAGCUGGCUCUUUUUUAUUUUAUUUUUUUAUUUUGUGCAUCAUGAAAUCUAAUCUUCUACUUCUAUAUA